AUGGAAGAAUCUACAGUGCAAGAAAAAACUUUAAAAUCAAUAAAAGAAGGCCAAGCCGAAAUCUGUCUGAAGACUGAGAAAGUAUUUUACAACCCAGUCCAAGAAUUUAAUCGAGACCUUAGCAUAGCCGUUCUGAGUGUAUUUACAGAAGACUACACAGCUGAGAAGUUAGACAAAAUAAAGAAGAAAGAAUCCAAAAAUUUAGAUAACUCUGAAGCAAGCAAUGAGGAAAAUCAUGUACCAAUUACGAUUCUAGAAGCAUUAUCUGCGACAGGAUUGAGGAGCAUUCGUUAUGCUAAAGAGCUGCCGAAUGUUACCAAAAUUAUCGCCAAUGACCUGUCUCAACAAGCUGUAGAGACAAUAAAAGCCAAUAUAAUUCAUAACGAUGUCCAGGAUAUUAUAGAAACCAGUCAUGACGAUGCUUGUAUGCUUAUGUACAAGCACAGACAUCCUAAGGAGCGAUUUGCCGCUAUAGACUUGGACCCCUAUGGAUGUCCUUCAAUAUUCCUCGAUUCAGCUGUCCAGAGCGUUCAAGAUGGCGGCCUGUUGCUCGUGACCGCGACCGAUAUGGCCAUUUUGGCGGGAAACGCGCCGGAAACUUGCUACACCAAAUAUGGCGCCAUUAGCUUAAAAACAAAAUCCUGCCAUGAAAUGGCACUCCGAAUUCUAUUACAAUGCAUAGAACAUCACGCGAACAGAUACAGCCGUUACAUUGUACCACUGCUGAGCAUAUCGGCGGAUUUCUACAUUCGCGUUUUCGUCAAAGUCUACUCUGGCGCGAUACACUGCAAGAAAACCACUAGCAAACUGUCCAUGGUAUACCGGUGUGUGGGCUGCGACAACAUCACCCUGCAGCCGCUGGGCGGUUUCAAACCGAACCCAACGGAAUCGAACCCGGAGCAGAUAAAGUUGUGCCUACCCACCGCGCCGCCGGUCGGCGAGUUCUGCGUGCACUGCAAUCAAAGGCACAACCUGGGCGGGCCGGUGUGGUCCUCGGCCAUCCACGAGGAGGGCUUCGUGGGGCGCGUGCUGGCGCUGGUGCAGCAGCGGCCGCGGCUCUUCGGCACCGCCAAGCGGCUCGAGGGGGUGCUCAGCAUGGUGCGCGAGGAGCUGCGCGACGCGCCGCUCUACCACACCCUGGACAAGCUCUUCGGCAGGGUGCACGCGGAGACGAUGCCCAUGCUGCUAAUGCGGUCGGCGAUACUGAACGCCGGCUACAAGGUUUCCUUCUCGCACGCGUCGAGACUAUCGAUAAAGAGCAACGCCCCGGCUCAGCUCAUAUGGGACAUCAUACGCACGUGGGUGAAGACGCAUCCGGUUAAGGCAUCAAAAUUGGAAGCGGACCCCGUAGCAAAGUACAUCCUCAGUCAAGAUAUAAAGUCAACGGUAGACUUGAGUCACAGGCCAGAUGCUAACCCAAUAAGCAGACGGGACGGUCGACUGCGUUUCCAGUUCAACCCGACACCGCAUUGGGGACCUGGUACCAGAGCUGCCAUCAAUAUUGGGGAGGAGAAAAAUUCUAAAGCCAUAAGAAAUCAAAACAAAAACAACAAUCAAGAACGGCAUGUGGAGAAACGAGAACAUUCGCCGAGGAGUGACGAUGAAGCUCGCAAGAAAUCGACAGCUACACGCUCUGAUGAUGCAGCUGUG